AUUUCCGUUUUUCAUUUAAAUUAUUUUUUUCAAAACGUAAACCUGCUUGCGUUUUCAAAUUUUUUUGAAGUGGAGAAAUGAAUUCACCAGCAAAAAUAUCAUGGAAUGACCAAAUCACAAUGAGGUUUGCAGAAAUGUUGGAACCAGAAGAGAUUAUAUGGAAUCAGGCGCAUCCUGAUCACAAGAAGACAUUCGUUGUGAUGGAACAUCUUUCCAUCAUAGGAAUUAAAUUAUCAGAAGAAUAUCCUGAUUAUGACUGUAGUGUUAACUACUUAAAAAAGCGUUUAAGAAAUUUCAAGUAUCAACUGAGCAAAGAAAAAUUAGACAGUCUAUCCGGAUCUAGAGGAGGGGUGCAUGAAUACAAGUAUAAGAAAUAUAUUAAUUUCAUGCAAUCCACUGUUGCUGACAGACUUACUGUCAGUAACUUCCAGGAAUCCCCUCCUCCAAUAAGGAAACCUGCCAAAAAAUGAUUUGCAAAUUCUGAUGAAUGUAUUGGAAAAAAAGUCAUCUAGCAUCCAACUCUUUUUGGAUAGCCUAGUUGAUACAAUGGAAGGCUACAAUUCCGAUGAAGAUUUUUUUUUAAAACAGGUUUUAAAACUAAUGCAAAUAAUCAAGAUCAAUAGAACACAACCAACAGAAACUUUUAAU